CUUCUUCUUCAGCGGUUCUUUCUCAGUGCAGGGCUCUCGCUGGAAGCUCGGCCCCUGCCAGCCUCCUCUUGUCUCGCUGCGCUCGGCAAGAGCACGAGAAAGCAGAAACUCCAGAGAGGGCUGGAGCUGGUGUUCUGAUCCUGUGCGAUCCAACUUGGGGCUGGGACAGAGGUGCAGGACGCGCUCCAGGUAUGGGUCCAGAGCCGGAGCGUGGCCCGCAACCCUCAGGGCGUGGGCGAGCCGGCCGCGUGUGCCUUGCUGUUUGACGCGAGCACCAGCCAAUCGGGGCGUGCGGGCAGGCUGCCACGUGACAGGCGAGGCGGGCCCCUUUCCCAGAGCGGCCAGAGGGAGGAGAGGAGCUGAGCCAGCCGAGAGCCUGGGAGCGCAGCGGCCGCGGAGGAGGCGGCGGGCGGGAGCGGCGGAGGCACAGGCUCUGGGCCAGCCCAGCGCGCAUCCCCGGUGCCCUGCGCUGCGGAGAGCUCGGAGGAGCGCGGGAGCCGCGACACAGGAGUGGACAAAGCAAGAUGGCAGGGAUCUUAGCCUGGUUCUGGAACGAGCGGUUUUGGCUUCCGCACAAUGUCACCUGGGCAGACCUGAAGAACACGGAGGAAGCCACCUUCCCGCAGGCGGAGGACCUUUACCUCGCCUUCCCCGUGGCCUUCUGCAUCUUCAUGGUGCGGCUCAUCUUCGAGAGGUUCAUAGCCAAACCAUGUGCCAUAGCCCUCAACAUCCAGGCCAGUGGACCACAAAUUGCCCAGCCAAACGCCAUUCUGGAAAAGGUCUUCACUGCUAUAACAAAGCAUCCUGAUGAGAAGCGAUUGGAAGGGCUCUCCAAGCAGCUGGACUGGGAUGUUAGGAGCAUUCAACGCUGGUUUCGACAGAGACGCAACCAGGAAAAACCCAGCACCCUGACCAGGUUCUGCGAGAGCAUGUGGCGAUUUUCCUUUUACCUUUAUGUGUUUAGCUAUGGAGUCCGGUUCUUAAAACAGACCCCUUGGCUGUGGAAUACGAGACACUGCUGGUAUAACUACCCCUACCAGCCGCUCACUGCUGACCUUCACUACUAUUAUAUCCUGGAGCUGUCAUUUUACUGGUCUUUAAUGGUUUCCCAGUUCACAGAUAUCAAAAGGAAGGACUUUGGCAUUAUGUUCCUGCACCACCUUGCAACUAUUUUCUUGAUAACCUUUUCAUAUGUCAACAACAUGGCCCGAGUAGGGACCCUGGUCCUCUGUCUUCACGACUCAGCCGAUGCUCUGCUAGAGGCUGCCAAAAUGGCAAAUUAUGCCAAAUUUCAGAAAAUGUGUGAUCUUCUGUUUGUCAUGUUUGCCAUGGUUUUUAUCACCACCCGGCUGGGCAUAUUUCCUCUCUGGGUGUUAAAUACCACACUGUUUGAAAGUUGGGAGAUCGUCGGACCUUACCCUUCCUGGUGGGUUUUUAACCUGUUGCUGUUGCUAUUACAAGGGCUGAACUGCUUCUGGUCUUACAUGAUUGUAAAAAUAGCUUGCAAAGCUGUUUCAAAAGGCAAGGCUGGGAAGUGGAACCCUUUACAUGUAUCCAAGGAUGACCGGAGUGAUAUUGAAUCUAGCUCAGAGGAUGAGGACUCAGAACCUCCAGGAAAGAAACCACACACUUCGACAACCACCAAUGGAACCAGUGGUACCAACGGAUAUCUCCUAACUGGUCCAUGCUCCAUGGAUGAUUGAUUAUCCCAAACUAUAAAUUCUCAACAAAGUGAACUGUUUGUUCCUGGAAGUAUUUAAUAAGUUGCAAAUGCAGUUCCUUUCAUGAUAUUUCAUCACCAGAGACAAAAAUUAGGAUUCUCAAAGCAUUCUGAAUAGUGUGCUGCCAUGUGUCCUGUCUGUGAAUGAAGAAGAAAUCCCAUUCUCUAUGUAGGCAUGCUGUGUGUAACUGACACAAGGGAACAGUAUUUGCAUUUGUCUUAGAAUAUUAUUUAUUUUUUUAUUUGUUUGUAAAUCUUCGGACAGGCGAGGAUGCCCUCACUCCUUUUCCUCUGGGCUCGUGACUCACCACAAAGGAGAUGCUCCAUCUGUUUCUACACCUUUCUCAUGUUGUAAUCCAAUGUGCUGUGAGCAUCAGCUUACUUUAGAGCAAGUAAAACCCCAUGCAAGAUCCUCACACAGUUCCCAAUAGGUUGGCUUUCUUUCUGUUCUGCACCCGUUUUAUAAUUGCCCAUAUUGUCCCAUGUGAGUCUAAACAGGAUGAACCAGGUAUUUUAGUUGCCACUCUUUGUGGUCAAUUAGCAGUUAAAAUGAGAGAGGAUAGCUAUUAGGAAACUUUGAAAUUUCAUAUGAAAAUUGCUUUGGAAUAGUUUGUCUCUUGUGUGGUGGAUAGUUAGUAGUUGACCUUAUUGGUAACUUAUUUUGCCAUUCAAUGAGGCCAGUAUUCUGAUUCUGAAACAAUGUCACUUGCUUAAGAUCACAGACACAAAGGGACCCACAUACUGGGGACUUGCUCUGUGUUCUGGGAAUCAUGUAUGGAUAGCAACUGAUUUCAACCAGGUCUCCUGAUGUAUUAGCCCCGUCUUCUGUCCUGUGUGAAAAAGAAGCCGAGAAUGUUUUGAAACAGAAAAAGAGAGUCUUUUAAGAGUUGGUGAAGACUAGUUCUGUGCAAACCACUUUGCUGCCACCAGCUCUCAAGAGAAAGCCCUACCUAGCAGUAGACUUGUUUUUAUUUUGUUGAGGAAAAUAAAUCCAACGGAAGAAAGACCAUUUACCCUUUGCCUUUCUCCUUAAGUGUGUCCCACAAUGACUUUCUUGUUGCUAGAAGCAUCGGGCCUGCACUGCAAAUCUGUUUUAUUUACUGCUUUGAAGACUCAUGGGGGCUCCUAAGAACUUUUAUUCAAGUGGAGCUAUUUCCAGAAAAACAGCAAAACUUCCACUGAACAAUGGCAGUAACAAAACCAUGAAAAAAAAAUUACCAAAGAGUAACUUCAUGAGCGCCCCGACUCCACCCACCCAGGGCAUUGUCAGUGGCAUGGGGCUCCAGAAACCACACAGAUAAGCCAAGGAUUUUCUCUCAUCUUUAGUAAAAAAGGGAAUUAAAUGGUAAUACAAAUAUUCAUAAGUCAAACAUCAUCUAAAACAAGAAUACAAAACAAUCAGGGCCACCAAGUAGCCAAUAGCAAAGUGCUACAGUGUGUGUCUGUCCUGCCCAGAGCCAUCCACACUUCAUUUGAUUUUUUUAAUUAAAUCUUCAUAGCCAUGCUUUGAAGCCUGUGAGUGAAUAGUUAAGAGAAAACUCCCAAAGAACUCUUGCUGUAAUGUAAGAUCUUUCUCCACCCAAUUGCAAAACAGUAUUUUUCUGGUAUAGUCCAGAUAAAGAUUUUCAAAGCUUGGAAACUUGUCUACUUGUAACUGUAGAAGACAGUGCAACUGACUGUGUGUUGAGCCUUGCUGAUUUAUUAACCCAAACAGUUAUAUGUCUAGGAGUAAAACUUGGAAGUGUUUGAGUUUUAGGAGACCAGUGAUAAGACACCAAAGGUAUUGUUAGUAAUCAGAGCAUUUGCUCAAAUGCCAAUAGAGGGAAAACAAUAGCAGUGUUGAGAAGGUGAACCCUUCCUGUCAGCUAAGCCGAGGAGCCAUGCCCAGCUUGCGUCAGUGUCUGGGCACAUCCUCCCAGGAAGGAAAUCAACUUGAGACCCACGGUGUAUUUGAAUUUGAACCAGGUGACCCUUUUUAGCACAGAAGAAUUUUAAGAUCAGUUUGUAAAUUCAGAAGAAGUAUGUAAAAGUAAGUAAGAUGAUUCCAUCCAUCUCAAAGGCAAUUCUAAACCUUCUAGACUAGUAACAUGCUUUCUGACACCAUUAGUCUGACUGGGUCUUCUACAUGUCUGUAGAUUUUUGUUUCAUUUUUACAUUCCAGAGAAAAUAAUUGUGUUUGGCGAGUUGAAAUAGACUUUGUAGGCUAUUCUGGCAUAGGAUAUUGAUAUCUCUGGCUACUGUUCUCACAUAGUGACCAGAUAAGGCUGAGAAUGGGUACUGUGUGAGGAAUCUUGUUCACCUGUGCCAGGUCAUAGCUUUCAGAAGUGUGACUUGUAAAUCCAGAUGUAGGUUAGUUCCAAGUGGUGUUCUCAUUAAUUAGCUUAGCCUGUGAUGAUGUCCCUCCCCUUCCUCCUGGUUGCAUUCAAAUUUCCUAGGAUACCAAGGUGUGUGUAGAAAGGACUCUAGAAAAAGUAACUUUUGAUCUCCAAUGUUAUAGCUUACCUAGAUUUAGUGGGGGAACAUAGGAAAACAAGUAGAAUCUGGCCUUGAGUCGGUAAAUGAUAUGUGUGGUUUAUGUGUGUAUAUGUAUGUUUCUCCAAAAACCAGUAAAACCAAAUUAUUACUGACUCAUCUUCAUCCAUAUUCUUGUCAUAAAAAAUAUAUUCACAUGUACUAUAGAAACUUCCCUUCUCCUUUGCUUUGCUUCCCACCUGUUGAGAUUAGCAAAAUCCUUUCAGCCUCUUAUCCACAGAGGUCCCUGAGAUAGAACCCAGGUCCUGGAGCACCGGCUGUCAUACAUAAGCCAAACCCAGCUCACUAUCUCAAAUUCAGUCCUGUGGAUGUUGAGAGUAGAGGAGCAACCAUAAGUAUCAGUAUUGUGCGUCAUUCAAGUGUUUGUUGUAAAAAUGCAAACGAUUGCCAUUUAGCCCCAGGCUUCUGCUGCUGCUGAACCGCCAGACAGAGGAUGCCCCAAAUUCCCAUCUGAUUGUGCCACUGGCAUCUAACAGAGAUGAACAGGCAGAAAAGGCAGGAUCGUUAGUCCAUAGGAUGGGUUGAGUCUCAGAAUGGCAUAUUCUCAUGUGAACACAGCUGUAUGCUCAGCCAUAACACUGCACUCAAGAAUGGGCUACCAUGGUCCCAAAAGAUGGUGAUACAGCCUAGGCACUGAGAGGCAAAACUGUUUGCUUGCAUGUACGUACUCUCAGUGAUGCUCAUAGAAUGACAAAAUCAGUUAAGGGCACAUUUCUCAGAACGUGUCCCUGUUGUUAAGUGGCAUAAGACUUGGUAGAGUUUGAGUUUGAGCAAACUGAAUGCCUUCCUUCAUCUUAGAUAGAAAGGGUCGCAGAAUCUUCCACCUUACAUUUAAAUCUCAUUGUUAUUUGGGCUAAGUAAAAAUGAGACUUGGUUAUAGUUUGCCUGUUAAAAAUGACUUCAUUGUAGUUUAUGUCUUUGCUGGCAAGCUCUUCUGAGAGAAUGUAUGGCACCCUUGAUUGUCUUCAACCCAUUCCUCAACUUGUAUUAGUAAUCAUUUGGGUGGAAAUUAAUGCCAAAUUGCCUGGAUAUUUGAGUAUUUUUCUUAAUUUGAAGUGUAAAAAGUAUGCAAAAUUACCCCAAAGGUGUCUAUAGGUCCUUUGAUCAGUAUGGGAGAUGACGUCAUUAUAUCCAGAGAGGCUUCCCACACCUUUGGAAAUAUAAUGUUAAAUGUGGUGUUUGUGGUCUUAAGGUUCUCACUUGUUUAUUUCCUUGUCUUUGACAUAUUUCUGCUUAGGAAAUAAGGAAUUAUAUAGCCCUGAAAUGUUUCUAACAUUCAAAUGAGAAAAAUAUUCCAAUAAGAUAAAAGUCAGCCUGAAAGAAAAGUAGUCACAUGGCUCUUCCAGAUUCUUCUGUAGAAAGAAAGAAAUGGAGAGAGCUCUGAUUAUUGCUCUUGUCCUCUAGUAUGCUGUCCCUGGCCGGAAUGAUUGCAAGCAGUUCUUAAAGAAAGUGAAACAAGACUUUGUCUUAAAUGUAUUCUUCCCAAGAUCAGCUUCUCUUGCUGAGUUGAAAUUGUGUGAGUCUCCAAAUGCUAUAGGCUAAUUAUCAGUAUUCUACCAAUCACAUUUUAGUUCUACAAACUAAUGGGUCCAAAGAGGUCCCUAUAGUUUACCUGUGUGUACUUAGCAUCAACUCACCCCUUGGGGGCGCCAAGUAGAUGCUAGGGAGCCCUGGCCACAGCUUUUGAAACUCCUGUAACCAAUACUCAAAGAUAGCCACCCUUCAUUGAAGAAAGUUGGAUUGGAGAACAUAAAUCAUCAUAAAUAAUGGAACCUGUAGACACCCCAGUGAGUACCUUGGCCUCUUGCAUGAUUUUGUGAUUUGAAUUUAACCCAAAGCCUUUUAAAUGAAUGCAUUGGCAGAUAGGGGCAUUGUGGCCCCACCAACUGUAAGAAAUUAAAAAGACCUCUGCUACCAGAUGACAAAUGGCAUCUGUAUGGUUGGGCAUUUUCAGGAUUGCCAGCAUGUGAUAAGAGGGCUCCGUUAGCCUAGAGUCAGUUUUACUUCAUUUCAGUUGCAGUCGUUUUAGCCUUCUGGAACUCUGGUAAAACAAAGUCAAAUGCUAACAUGUCUCUGCUUCCAGUUUACUGGUGACCAUUAGAUCAUUUCUUCCCACACCUCCUCCUCUUCCUGGUUCAUUUUCCUGGGAAGGGAGAAAACUGUGCCCAUGUAUGUGUGUUUUCUUAACAUGAAUGCUUGACUUUCUGUAUUAUGAGUUUUCUGGGAACCAAAGUACAGCAGCAGUCAUCAUAGUUUCUAUGUUCAGUGAAAAAAUGGGUUUCAUUCAUAUUUCUCAUCCUUUUGCCUACAGUAAAUGUCAUAAGGUAUCUGUAAAAACUGUCCUUAAUGUGAAAAAUGUUUUAACGUUAGCUACAAAGCUCUAGAAUAGUUAUGUUAUGAUUCUGGAACUUUUGCUCAAAGGUAAAUUCACAUAAAUGUGGGAAAAUACUCCAGUUUGCUUCCCCUUAAGCUCACAGUUUUCAUCACUCCUUUGCCCAAGUCAUAUUCAUUUACCAUCAUGGCCUUUUGCUGUCAUUGAAAGGAUGGUGAUUAAUCUGGGGUUGUGUUUCUCUUUUCCAACUGUCAGUGAGGACUAGGAUAGGUGGUGGAAGCCCUUUCUUUUCUUUCUAACGACAGUUCAGUGCUUGAGCAUCUGCCAGAGGUGAAAUGGCGUACCAUUAGCCAGUUAGAAUUACUCUGUGUACUGUUACCGUGUUUUGCUGAUUUUUAUAUGGAAAUAUAAUUAUUAUUCAUUCUUGAUCUUUGGAAGUAAUCAUUAUUAUGAGGAUCAUUUUACUUUGGAAACACUUUCAUAAUAAAGAAAAGCAUUCAGAGUACA